AAGAUUAAGUAGGCUUCGAGAACGAUGCAGAAAAUAUCACCUCAACAACAUGACGAUUGGUUAGGGCUGACCCAUCAAAGGGGAGGAGCCUUUCCAGGAUGUGCCUGAUCAGGGAAAACUCUGCGGAACGAAAGAGUGCCUGUUGCGUGGUCAGAUGGCUGCCUUUUUUCCUUAUCCUGGCCAUGUUGGUCUGGUCCUAUCACGUUCUGGUCUACCAAAUUUGCAUACAAAAAGUUGAGGGAUAUGUGACAAUGGGGCUUCUAAUGAUUUUCUACCAUCUCCUGCUGUUCAUGUUCCUGUGGUCUUGGUUUCAGUGCAUAUGCGUUUCUCCGGUUAAAAUUCCCGAACAAUGGAAAAUAUCUACUGAGGAUGUGGACAGAUUAAAGCGAAAUGAAGGAGUUGAGGGAGCGGCAAGGAUACUUAGCAAUGCCUCGAGGAAUUUACCCAUAGCCACCUGUACAAACGAGGGACUAGUGCGAUAUUGCAAGACUUGCUGGAUAAUAAAACCGGAUAGGGCCCACCACUGUCGAUCGUGCCACCGGUGUGUCCUCAAAAUGGACCACCACUGUCCGUGGGUGGUCAACUGCGUCCACUUUCACAACUUUAAGUACUUCAUACUCUUCCUUUUCUACGCUGAGGUGUAUUGCCUCUAUAUUCUCUGCGUGAUGUUCUACGAAAUGUACUUAAUCUGCGGAUAUGACAUCACUUACUUGAAACAAGAGCAUUCUUGGAACCUCCUUCAGUACGUGGUAUGCCUGAUAUUUAAUAUUUUUACGCUGGUCAUGUCCACUGUUAGUGUAUUCAAUGUAUCCCGGAAUCGCACCACCAUGGAAUCGACAUAUUCUCCGUACUUUUUCGUUGGCGGGAAGAACAACCAUGGCUUCAAUUUGGGAUGCUUUGCUAACUUUCGAGAUCUACUUGGCGACAAAUGGUACCUUUGGAUUGUUCCCAUCUUCUCGAGUCGCGGCGAUGGGCUCACAUUUCCCUUGGCCUUCGAUCGACUGAUAGAGGUGCGCACCGCGGACCAGCGAAAAGAUGAUGGUCCAACCAGAGCCCAGAUUGUCAAAGGGAACAUGACCAAACUUCUCGGACUUCAUCAUGCCACUUUCGACUAAUGAAUAUGCAUCAUCAACGAUUGCAUAAGCUCUUAAAAAAUGUUAAUAAUUUUCUAAUAAAAAAAAUUUUAAAGG